AUGUUUGGCGGCUUCUUUGCAUACGGCGUGGCUGUCCAUGUUGGCAAAGACCCAAAAGCUCUUUUGCAUGGAUGGCAGGUCAUCUUCCUCUUCCUCGGCCUUUUGACUGCCGUCGUGGGCAUUGCCUUCUGGUUUAUCAUGCCUGACUCGCCAGCCUCAGCUGCCUUCCUUUCACAAGAAGAAAAGGCCGCGCACUUGGAACGCAUCCGCGACAACGAACAAGGCAUCGGAUCUCAGGAGUUCAAGUGGUCGCAUGUCAAGGAGGCGCUGACGGACACCAUGACUUGGCUCUACACGUUCUGGAUCUUCGCCACCAACAUUCCCAAUUCAAUCGCGACAAGCUUCGGAAACAUCCUCGUCAAGGGUAUGGGUUACUCCAGCGAAGAGUCAUUGCUUCUGGUCACACCUCUUGGCGCCUACGAGAUUGUCGCCCUGGUGGGUCUGACAUGGCUUGCCAUGAAGACACGGCAGCGACUCUACUGGUGCAUUGCGGGCCACAUCCCCGCGAUCGUGGGUGCCAUUCUCAUGGCCACGACGUCGAAGGUUCCCGCACUGAUCGGCUACUACACCUCAGGAGGUAUCCCGAUCGGCUGGACGACGAUCCUGGGUCUUCAGUCAACCAAUGUUGCGGGAUCCACUAAGAAGGUUACGGUGGCAUGCAUUGGGACGAUCGCGUACACCGUGGGUAAUAUCAUCUCCCCGCAGACUUUUCAGGCACGGGGUGCGCCGCGGUAUCUCCCUGCCAAAAUCUCCAUCUGCAUCAUCUACUUCUUGGUCACUGUUGACCUGUUUGUGAUGCGUUGGGUGUUGGAAAGGAGGAACAAGAAGCGGGAUGCUGAGAAGGCGGCUCUCGGGGAUACUUACAAGGUGGAAGAAAAUCACGAAUUCUGGGAUUUGACGGAUCUUGAGAACAAAGAGUUCAGAUAUGAGCUUUGA